UAUCUGUUAAAUCCUUACAUUUUCAUUAUUUAUUGGACGAUAUUGCAUGGUUUAUAAGUAAUUAAAAAGAUGAUAAAUGCCGUUCUUCGAACUUUGUUCAUAAUAUGUUUGGGUAUUACUUAUGUACAACUAAGAGAAAUUAAAACAAAUGAACCUCAAUGGGACUUGUUGAUUUUUACCCAAAGUUGGCCCGCAACUGUGUGCAUUGAAUGGAAGGAACAUGAUCACACACAUACAUGCAACUUACCGUCAAACAAGGACUCAUGGACCAUUCACGGCAUUUGGCCGACAAAACUAGGGACAAUAGGGCCAGCUUUCUGUAAUAGAACUUGGCAUUUCGAUCCAGAACAAGUCAGGCCAAUAGAGAAGAAUUUGGAACAGUUAUGGACCAAUGUUGAAUCUGGUACCUCAACUUACGCUCUCUGGUCCCACGAAUGGAAUAAACAUGGAACAUGUGCGGCUGUACUCGAACCUCUAAAUUCGGAACUCAAAUACUUCAACAUGGGUCUCAACUGGUCACAGAAGUUUAUGGUUCAUAAUAUUUUACAAGCAUCAGGCAUAGUCCCGUCUAAUACCAAUGAAUAUUCAGUACUGGACAUGUAUAACUCGAUUAAAAACAAAUUAGGCGUUAAUCCAGUUAUUGAAUGUCGUAAAGAGAAAAGUAAAAAUUAUUUAGGUGAAAUUCGCAUUUGUUUUUCAAAAACACUAGAUUUGCAUGACUGUGACGGUGUUUUGAAUUUAAAAGCGAAGAUGUAUGAAGGAAAAUCAAUAUUGACUAAUUGUGACACUUCACAGGGUGUUCUAUAUCCUCACUAUCCAAGUAAUACAUAUGUUAAUUUAUAUAAAUUAGCUAUGUGGCUACAAUGGUUUACAAUAUAAUUUUGAAAUCAAAUAGUCAAAGGUUUUAUCUAUUGCAGUCUUAUAAAUGCCAUCCAUUAUUUUAAUAAUUAAAAAACAUUUACUUAUAUCUAGUAAAUCCCAAUUAUGAAGCUGCCCUUGUUCGUAUAGAGGGUCGGCACAACAUGUACUACUCUUUCAUACAUCUCUAUCAGCCGUCAUAUCUAAAUUCAUUGUUUUUGCAUUUUUUCUUUUGUCUUCCUUUACCUUAGACAUCAACAUUAAAUCUCAUACUUUUUUGUAUAUUAU